CAUGUUUAACCACGCGUUCUCUCUUCCUGCCGGAGUGGGUUCAGAUCAGGGUGUUAUUCAGUUUGUUUGCUGUAUAGUUCUUGUGUACUUGCUAAAGUGAUGAAAUACAUGUGGAAAUGUAUUUAUAUAUUGUAUAGGGAUUAUGGUGAGCGUUAAUUGGAUGCUCACGCUGUAAAACGGCUGUACCUCAGUACUUUUUUCGGUGCGGCGGGUUGUACGGACGGACACUUAAACUAAACACUGAGAUUAUUCUGUAGCAGAUAAUAUUUUUGCUUAAAAUUGUAGUUGAAGUAAGCGUGCAGAAAAAUGGACAGCGACGACGACAACGUGGAGGAGGUUGUGGAAGGGCCACUGGAUGAAGAUGAUCUCCCCCAUGGCUACUGCACUGUCAUAUAUUCCUCCAGUGACCGCUUUGAGGGCCACUUUGUUCACGGAGAGAAAAAUGGCAAAGGCAAAUUCUUCUUUUUUGAUGGCAGUACACUGGAGGGCUUCUAUGUAGAUGAUGCUCUACAGGGUCAGGGAUUGUACACGUAUGAGGAUGGUGGAGUGCUUCAUGGCACCUAUGUAGAUGGAGAGCUCAACGGACCCGCUCAGGAGUUUGAUCCAGAAGGACAUCUGGUCUUUAAGGGCCAGUACAAAGAUAAUAUCCGCUGCGGCAUGUGCUGGACUUACUACCCAGACCGAGGCUGUGUGGUUGGAGAUGUCAAUGAUGAUGGCGAGAUGACUGGUAAAGCAGUGGCUUAUGUUUACCCCGAUGGACACACAGCUCUGUAUGGCAGUUUUGUGGACGGAGAGCUCAUCGAGGCACAACUAGCUACAUUGAAUAAGCAGGAGAACGGCAGACCUCACUUUACUGUUCAACCCAACAGUCCUGUUUACACCUAUGACAAAUCCACUUCUUCCUGUAUUGCUAGUCACAAGGUGAUGCCGGACCCAUACGAGAGCCAGCGUGUGUAUGUGGGCCAGUCACUGAUCCCUGAAGCAGGGGAAGGCUUGUUUGCCAAAACCGAUGCUGAUGCUGACACAGUUAUGGCUUUUUACAAUGGUGUGCGUAUCACACACUCAGAGGUGGAUGGACGUGAUUGGUCGAUGAAUGGAAACACCAUUUCACUUGAUGACGACACAGUAAUUGAUGUACCUGUACCUUUUAACCUCACUGAAAUUUACUGUGCUUCACUCGGACACAAGGCCAAUCACUCCUUUACCCCUAACUGCAAAUAUGAUCCGUUUGUUCAUCCUCGCUUUGGAGCAAUAAAGUGCAUUCGAACUAUCCGAGCAGUUCAAAAAGAUGAAGAACUCACAGUUGCCUAUGGUUACGACCAUGAACCUUCAGGAAAGUCAGGUCCGGAAGCUCCAGACUGGUACAAACAAGAGCUACGUGAAUUUCAGCUAAAAAAAUUAAUGAAUAAAUAAAAAACUCUUGGUUCAUGCCGGGAGUGUUCUACUACCCAAACCUUAUCUUUUACUCUCUCACUGGUGGCUAGUGCUAACAGCAUUGUCUUAAAUACUACAUCAUGCAUCCUCUCAGCAAACUCCUUUGUCUCAUUGGGUUUUGAGAGUAAAUGCCAGCCUAAUGCAGAACUGUAUCCUAUUUUUAUUAUAUGCAGGUGUGCAGGUCUUAGCACUUCAUCAGAAAUGCAAAGAAUUAUGUGGUUUAGCUUAAUGGCUUAUUUAAAGAGAGAACUAUACAAUGCAAAACUAAAUAGUUGAACUAGUGCUACACCACUUAGUAACUUCUACAAGCCAUGUAGUCUGCUAGUGUAUAGAUGAUUUCCCAUCAGCUAUGAAUCAUUGCCUGUAUACUCAUAUAUGCACAAAUGAUGAGAACAAUAAUCACUGCUGCAUUUGAAUUGAAAAUGUUACUUGUAGCACAGUUAUAAUUGUCUGAUACCUGCAUUGCCAUCACACCUUAAGUGCAAGUACUAAUUGUGUUAAGAAGAACAGUAUUAUUAAUGCUUACACACUAAAAAAUCAUAUAUUUACCUAUGGGAAAAUGUUAGAAUGUGUGAGAGAGUGAAUAAGUGGCAGAUAAUCAGUACAAGGAAUGUUUUUACAAAAUUGACAUCAGGUCUUUGGUAUGCAGUAUCGCCAAACAACGGUUUUAUCAAUAAAUAUUACAACAAUGCAAA